AUUCGACUACUGGUUAGUCGCUGGUGCUACAGUUCUCAGCCACACAGCCCCGAGGAGGUGCCUAGCCCCAGACAGAUCCGACUGUCGGUUCCACAACUACUCGGUGAUUUGACGAGUGCUUUCAAAUUCUUGGAACCUAGUCAGCGAUCACGCAAGGCAUUGAGUGUGGGGAUCCCAGAACCCGGUCUUCUGGACGAGGAUAAC